AAGGAACGAAAGAAGCAGCAGCCCGGUGUGUAACGGUCUUUCGCUAGUUGUUUCUCCGUGAGCUCCAAGUUCUGAUUCUUCUGAACGGUGGUGCUUGUCUUGUUCUUCGUGUCGGUUACGCUUGCUAUUGAAGUCGCGCGUACCUCUAUAUAUAUAUUGUGUAUCUUCGUCGUAAUAAUCACAGAGCGAAGGAAAACGAAGUACGACGACAAAACAACGACAAGCAUAUCAAACCCUAGGGAUUCAAAUUAACAGGGAAUGGAGGUGAAAGAGAACGGUCAGAAUGGGGAACUCUCUGCUCGGGUCCAUGUACUGGACGGGCCAACCAACCCGAUGGUUACGCCUCUCCUCACCGAUCUCUACCAGUUCACCAUGGCAUACGCUUACUGGAAAGCCGGAAAACACCAAGAACGAGCCGUGUUUGAUUUAUAUUUUCGGAAGAACCCCUUUGGUGGUGAAUAUACAAUCUUUGCUGGUUUAGAGGAAUGCAUAAGAUUCAUUGCUAAUUUCAAGUUAACAGCGGAGGAAAUCUCUUUUAUUCGUGAAUCCUUACCUUCUUCAUGUGAGGACAGAUUCUACGACUAUCUUAGAGAACUUGACUGUUCUGACGUUGAAGUGUACUCUGUUUCGGAGGGAUCAGUUGUUUUCCCAAAGGUGCCGUUGCUAAGAAUUGAGGGGCCAAUUGCUGUGGUUCAAUUGCUGGAAACUCCACUUGUGAAUCUUGUUAACUAUCCAUCGUUAGUUGCUACUAAUGCUGCAAGGCAUCGAUUUGUGGCUGGAAAAUCUAAAAUGCUUCUUGAGUUUGGGCUUCGACGAGCUCAGGGACCUGAUGGUGGAAUAGGGGCAUCAAAGUACUGCUACAUUGGGGGCUUUGAUGCUACGAGCAAUGUUGCAGCUGGGAGGUUAUUUGGAAUACCACUUCGCGGAACACAUUCCCAUGCCUUCGUUAGCUCAUUUAUGAGCCCUGAUGAGAUCAUAGAUAAGUCACUUCGUAGCAGAGAUGGAUCAAGUACCUGUGAGGAUUUUGUUAGUCUAGUUCAGACAUGGUUAAGCAAAAUUCAGUGGUCAAAUUCAUUACGCGGUGUGUUUGGUGAAACCAAUCAAAGCGAGCUAGCAGCGUUCAUGUCAUAUGCCCUCGCAUUCCCUAAUACCUUUUUAGCUCUUGUGGACACAUAUGAUGUUAUCAGGAGUGGAAUCCCAAACUUUUGUGCAGUUGCUUUAGCACUUAGUGAUUUGGGGUACAAAGCAGUAGGGAUCAGGUUGGACUCUGGUGACCUAGCAUAUUUGUCUUGUGAGGCCCGGAAGUUUUUUUUGGCCAUCGAGAAGGAAUUUGGAAUAUCAGACUUUGGAAAAAUGGGUAUCACAGCUAGUAAUGACCUUAACGAGGAGACUUUAGAUGCUUUAAACAAACAGGGUCAUGAGGUUGAUGCAUUUGGAAUUGGAACCAAUUUGGUUACGUGCUAUGCUCAAGCUGCUUUAGGUUGUGUUUUCAAGCUCGUUGAGAUAAAUAAUCAGCCACGCAUCAAACUUUCUGAAGAUGUUUCAAAGGUCUCUAUGCCAUGUAAAAAACGGUGUUACAGGUUGUAUGGGAAAGAAGGCUAUCCUCUAGUAGACAUAAUGACUGGGGAAAAUGAACCAUCUCCAAAGGUAGGAGAAAGAAUCUUGUGUCGCCACCCUUUCAAUGAAUCUAAGAGAGCAUAUGUGGUGCCACAGCGUGUUGAGGAGCUUCUAAAGUGUUACUGGCCUGGAAACUCAGGUAAACCAAGAGAAGAUUUACCUGCUCUAAAGGAAAUCAGGGAACGUUGCAUCAAACAACUUGAGCGAAUGCGCUCUGACCACAUGAGGAGAUUGAACCCAACGCCAUACAAGGUGAGUGUAAGUGGAAAGCUUUACGACUUCAUUCAUUUCCUAUGGCUCAACGAGGCACCUGUUGGGGAGUUGCAGUAAAGAUGUCAAGGUGGAUUGCAUGGAAUAAUUGAAGGGGAAAUAAUUAUUUUAAUAAAGUUGCAGAAGCUUCAAAUAGCAAAUGCAUCCAAAUCAUAUAUAUGUAAAUUGGGUUGACAAAUAAUCAUUUGUUUUCUAGGUUUAUAAAAAUAAAAAUAAAAACAUUGAUGCC